AUGAACAAUUAUGGUUAAGGAUAGAAUUGUAAAUAUCUUUAUUAAUACUUUUAGAGUAGAUAAUAAUUUAACAAUUGUUCUAUAAGAUUGAAUAGUUAAUGAUAGAAAUAUAAAAAUUAACCAACUUUUCCAAUCAAUUAAUUAUGAAUCUAUAGACUCAAGAAAAUUAAUACAAUACACUUAAGAGAUAGUUUAAUGAUAUUUGGGGUUAAUUAAGUGAAUAAUAAAAGAUCUGGUUUAAUUUAAAAAAUAAUACUCAACAUUAUACAUUAUCAAAUGAAGCUUUUGUAAUGUCUAAUUUAAUAACUGAUAUAAAGAGUAGAGUAUCAGAGAUACAAUAAUUUAAUACUUAUUCAUAUGAUUAACCAAAAUAUAAAAAAUGUUAAUCAUGUGCAGAAAAAGAUUAUACUAUAAGCAAUUUGAAAGCAUAAAUAUAAAAAUAAGCAUAAAUUUUAUUAAAAUUAUAAUGUAUAGAAUAUUAAAUGUAUAUUUAUAGAGGAUAAUGAAAUCCCAUAACCUUAAAAUAGUAUUUUAAAUUAUUCUAAUCAAAGAAUUCAUACUGAUGGAUUAACAAGGUAAAGAUUUGCGUCUCAAAAACUAUUUUAAAGUAAUUUAAGUACAACAACAGCUCCUGGAUCAAGAUUUUGA